ACCAGCACACACAUCGUUAAACUUAAACAGCAUAGCUUCAGCUGGCCUUCGAUAUACUCUGAUAGAAGUACACACCUGCUGCUUACGAUCAUACGAUGGCUUGCCUCGCGAGAUGCCUGGUGGCCUCCCUGUCCGUCGUGAUCCUCGCCGUGGUCUGCUUGCCAUCCCGCGGCGAGGCCAUGGGCCUGCCCCAGCCACCGCCGGACCUCAACUUCACCGUCGCCGUCGAGGGCAUGGUCUGGUGCAAGAGCUGCCGGUACGACGCCCCGUCCAUGGACGCGUCGGCGUCGCCUCUACCGAAUGCAGAUGCGCUGCUGCAGUGCCAGCGCGGCGACGACGGCAGGGCGGUGUCCGUGUGGAACACCACGGACGCCGGCGGCCACUUCCUGAUCCUGGCGGAUUGGCAGUCGGCGGCCUUCAAGAGCAAGGACUGCAGAGUCAAGGUGUACGUGCCACGGUCGCCGGCGGCGGGCGCCUGCACGGUAGCCGUCAAACCCAACCCGAAGGGGGCGCCGCUCAAGUUUCGAAGGUUCGUGCCGCUCUCCGGCGAGAUGCAGGCGCGCUAUUCGGCCGGCGACUUCACGUUCGCUCCGGAGGACCCCGCCAAGUGCUAGCUAGUACUAGCUGCUACUCCGCAGCUGGGUAGUAGCCAACUCUGGAAGUCAAGAAGCACGCAACUACUGAUCAGAUAUAGGAGUAUCUUUGACGGGAAAUAAUUGACCAUGUAACAUUAAUCUGGCCACGUAAAACAUUUAUAUCGCCAUUUUUUCCCCUGCAGCUUGAAACGUGUCUUUUUUUAGAGGAGCAUUUUUUUCCGUAGAAAGCUCUAAACGUGUAUCAUUUCUAAUAUCGUAUUCCAAAACCAAAAGAAGCCUCCUA